AGUCCCGGCACAACUGUCGCUCGCGUAACAUCUGAGGAGAGAGGAUUUUGUGCUUCGAGAAGCGAAGUGAAAAAUUUUAUAACAGAAACAGACACCGAUCGACUGACUGUGAAUACAUUCGUAAGAAACGUGUGUGAAAUUUUGAUGUAAUAAAUAAUCGAGUACUCGUAAAAUAUAAAUAAAGAAAAGAUGACAGAAGUUCAAUUUUGAAGAGAGACGUUUGGAACUCGAUAUCUUAUAUUUGGCGCUAGUAUAUAUUGGACUUUACUCUAAGAAAUUUUUUUUUAGUGAUUAUGAAUAAUAGUCGCUCUGCAAGGGGUAGUUCUGAGUGAAGUUUCACAAGAAAGCUCGUAUGGCUUGGAGAUCGUGAAGAAAUUAACGGAGAACGUGGAUUCGACGAUCGUAUGAAGGUUCACGAAGGGACGAACGAACGAAGAAGAGGAAGAUGCUGAUACUUAGGCUAAUUGUGGUGUUGAGCCUCUGUUGGAUGGCCAGGUGCGAUUUAUUGGACCUGUACGUCCAGCAUAUGGACGAGACCAUGAGGACCUUGGCCUACAGAAACAGGCAUCAUCAGAAAGACAUUAUAUCCAGGAUAAAGAGAGGCCUUCGAGAGGAGCCGUUUCUCAGAGUGGGUACGUUUAAGAAACAGCGGCUGGACGUUGAUAAAGAAUGGUACGCGCAAUGGAAGGCAAAGAGAAAGAUCUCUUACAAAGAAGACGGUCUGGACUUUCCUAAUUCGAGGGAGGAAAACCUGGAUCCGAGUCAACACGAGCUGGUGAACAACGCGAGUCGAAUUCUCGGCCGAGAAUUCGAGGAAACGACCACCAUCUCGGACGCGUUCGAUAUCGAACUAUCCAAUGAAGAGUCAACGUGGUCGAACGGUACGGCAUUGUCCGACAGACAAUCGAUCGAAAACGAGAAUCCGAGGGCUGAGUCUCGAGAAGAGACUACCCAGACGACCGAUUCUCAAGGCGACGUCGAGAUAGAGGAGAAUUCUCAAUUCGAAAUUAUCAGCGAGACCGGCACCGCUGGUCCAACGCUCUUCGACGAUCCUAUCUUGAAAAGAACGCGAGAUCGAGUCCCUAAGAAGUACAUUCCACCGAUGAAUAAAUUAGCCAAAUUCUUUCGUGGCUCUAAGUAUACCGAUUCUGAAGAGACGAUAGACAACAGGCCACGAAGAAGUAUCAAGGAACCAAAGUUUACCAGACACGAGAAACUCGACGACGAUGGCGAGGUUAUCCUCGAGUGGGAUCCUUCAGACAAGGAGAUGGUCAUCUUCAAGGUCACUGCCAAAACCUUGGGAUACGUUGGUAUCGGCUUCAACGAUAAAAACCACAUGAAGGGGGCUGAUAUUCUACUAGCUUGGGUGGACGAUCACACGGGCACCGUCAAUCUGUUGGACUCGCAUGGAAUCGAGGAUCCAGAGGCGGCUCUGGUCACGGACACGUCUCAGGAUGUCAAAGUGCUGGGAGGUUCGCAAAACGAAACCCACACGAGCGUAAUCUUCUCGCGAAACUGGCAGACCUGCGAUCCUCAGGAUCAUCGGCUUACGGGAGACACGAUUCGAGUCCUGUGGACGCUUCAUUCGAGUGACCCUGAAUUAAAUGCUGCUAUUUGGCCUGGUGACAAACGUGGUGGUAGAGCUUUAAGACUCAAGACACCUGCUCCUCACGCACCUCCUCGAUAUACUCAGGACAUCAAACACUGGGACGUAAAAUUGAAUCAACCUCCAGUUUCAGACAAUGUAGACACUACCUACUGGUGCAAGAUUUUCAAAGCGCCUCAUAAGGAGAAACACCAUAUGAUCGGGUAUACGCCACUCGUGGAAAAGCAAAACGAAGACUUGGUUCAUCAUAUUAUAUUGUACGAAUGCGCCUCAACUUUACCGAUCUUAGGGCAACAUGCGAGAAUCGUUGGAGCUCCCUGUUACAGUCCGACAAUGCCACGGGAGUGGGAAUCUUGCUUGCAGCCGGUGCUGGCCUGGGCACGCGGCAGUACAGGUGAAUGGCUUCCGGAACACGUAGGUUUUCCCAUCGCGGAACAUCCUGAAGGUUCUUAUUACAUGCUGGAAGUGCAUUAUAAUAAUCCGGGUAUGAAGAAGGUGGUAGACAGCAGCGGAGUACGUCUUCACUUGACUCCGAAACUUCGUCCACAGGAAGCGGGGAUUCUCGUUGCUGGGGUCGCCGUGAGUCCUCUUCACCUGAUUCCUCCUAAACAAAAGGAAUACGCCACGGCAGGUUACUGCACUCCUCAUUGUACGAAUACUAUGUUCCCUAAAGGUGGUGUAAACAUAAUUUCAGUAGUCUUGCAUUCCCACUUGGCCGGUCGUCGUCUAAGCCUGAAACAUAUUCGCCAAGGCAAAGAAUUACCCAGAAUAGUCGAGGACAAUCACUUUGAUUUUGACUAUCAACAAUCUCAUACUCUGGAGAAGGAAGUGAAAGUCCUUCCAGGAGACGAAUUGGUGGCUGAAUGUGUUUAUGGUACUCUAGACAGGACGAAACCCACUUUGGGAGGAUACGCAGCAUCUCAGGAAAUGUGUCUGGCCUUCGUGGUACAUUAUCCGAGAACGCCACUUGCAGCUUGUUACAGUAUGACGCCGAUAAAACAUCUGUUCAAAACACUUGGCGUAUACAGCUUCAAAGGUGUUACUAUGGACCAUCUAGAAAAACUUUUUCUAACAACUAGAACGGAUGCUGUGACAAUUUCUUCCACUGGUCAACAACAACUUCCUAUCUACCCUGCUACAAGACUCAGCGAAGAAAUAGAUGAGAAACUUAUAAGAGAGGCAAAAUCUGCAUUGAUGGCCAUGAAAGAUUACACGGUAGAAAACGAUAAUGAUAAUGUUUUCUCUCGAUUGAUCAUUGAGGAACCUGAAGAGUUCAGAGGACGAACUUUGGCUGAACAUAUGCUGGCAUUACCUUGGACCGAAGAACUCCUUGCUAGAUCCAUCGAACGAAGUUUAUAUCAUGGCAGACAUAUGACCUUCUGCAGGAAAAGAGACGAUAAACUUGCUUUGCCAUCAGAUAUACAAACGUUCCCAAAUUUCACAGCACUGCCAGAAACGAACGAAACGACAUGUAGCGAAAUAGCAACGCUAUCAGGUGCAUCGAGAAAUUUGUACUUCAACAACAUUCCAAUUCUCACGAUUCUGAUCGCAACGAUCAUUGUUUCCUAAAAUUAUGAUUAACUGAUUGUGCAUUAACAAUCCAAAUGAAAUCAAUCUAUCUUAUUCGUCUUGUGUACGAGAAACUGUUCGAAACAGGCUAAAAAUGAGCGAAAUCAGAUGAAACAGAAUAAUUCAUGGACAAUUUCUCCCAUUUUGGAGACGGCAAGAUUUUGGAAAAAUUUUGACGGUCCAAUUUAUAUAUAGAAAUAUAAUAUAAUAUAUAUGUAUAAUAUAAUGUAAUGUAAAUAUAUCAUCUACAUAUUUAUAAGGUAUCUGCGCUACAAGCCUCUCCUGUAUUUUAUAUGAGAUUUGUAAAAUAAAAAAUAAACCAGUCUGUAAAAACUA